AUGGUAUUCAAUAUUUUAACUAUAACACUUCCCAUCUUUCUUUAUUUGUUUCUUUCUUUAUUUUCUUAUUUCUUUCCUUCUUUCUUUCUUUGUUUUUCCUUCUUCUUCCCUUCUUUCUUUAUUUCCUUCCUUCUUUCUUUCUUUUUCUUCUUUCUUUUCUUCUUUCUUUCUUUCUUUCCUUCUUUCUUUCUUUUCUCCCUUUCUUUUCUUCUUUUUUCUUUCCUUCUUUCUUUCUUUUUCUUCUUUCUUUUCUUCUUUCUUUCUUUCUUUCCUUCUUUUCUUUCUUUUUCUCCCUUUCUUUUUCUUCUUUUCUUUCCUUCUUUCUUUCUUUUCUUCUUUCUUUUCUUCUUUUUUCUUUCCUUCUUUCUUUCUUUUCUCCUUUCUUUUCUUCUUUCUUUCUUUUCCUUCUUUUCUUUCUUUCUUUUCUCCUUUCUUUUCUUCUUUUUCUUUUCUUUCUUUCUUUUUCUUCUUUCUUUUCUUCUUUUUUCUUUCCUUCUUUCUUUCUUUUCUCCCUUUCUUUUCUUCUUUCUUUCUUUCCUUCUUUCUUUCUUUUCUCCCUUUCUUUUCUUCUUUUUUCUUUCCUUCUUUCUUUCUUUUUCUUCUUUCUUUUCUUCUUUCUUUCUUUCCUUCUUUCUUUCUUUUCUCCCUUUCUUUUCUUCUUUUUCUUUCCUUCUUUCUUUCUUUUUCUUCUUUCUUUUCUUCUUUCUUUCCUUCUUUUUUUCUUUUCUCCCUUUCUUUUCUUCUUUUUUCUUUCCUUCUUUCUUUCUUUUUCUUCUUUCUUUUCUUCUUUCUUUCUUUCCUUCUUUCUUUCUUUUCUCCCUUUCUUCUUUUUUCUUUCCUUCUUUCUUUCUUUCUUCAAUUUUAAUCACAUUAAAAAUUAUUACUUUCCUUUUCAUUCCUAAUCUGGUAUUCAAUAUUUUAACUAUAACACUUUCCAUCUUUGUUUCUUUGUUUCUUUCUUUAUUGCAUUAUUUCUUUCCUUCUUUCUUUCGUUGUUUUUCCUUCUUUCUUUCCUUCUUUAUUUAUUUAUUUCUUUCUUUUCCCCCUUUCUUUUCUUCUAUCUUUCUUUCCCUCUUUCUUUUCUUCUUUCUUUCUUUCUUUCUUCAAUUUUAA